CUCUGCCGCUUCUGGUAGGGAAUGACAAACCCGGCGAUAUCUAAACAAAUGGAUCACUGCCGUAUUCCCCAUAUGUUGCUGCGCUCAGCCCUUCAUCCCAUUCCAUGCCAUAAACAGCGGAGCAGGAUUUCCUUACUCUUGAUCGGCAUCCCGAAGCUGCCAAACGUUAGGAUACCGCAGUGUUUAUUUUCUCCUGCAAUCACGUAAGGUUUGCCAGUCUGGAAGCUCUCUCGUGGACGCCGAACUGCCAUUUCCUGUUAUUAGUGAUUACAUAAUGCUUGCGAUCGUGGAAGUGGGGAUCAUCUGAUUCAUCUCACUCUCAUCUGUGCGCACAGAUGUGAUCCGCAGGCAUUACGCCGUAAAACCGCAAAUCAAAGGAUCCACUUUCACCAUCCGCCCGCCGGCGUAAAUUAACCUUGCUUCUCAAAUAUACAAGCUCCACACACAGCGGUUCAACGUUCAACAAACAGAACCAGUUAUCAACAGAGAAGCCCUUCUGUACGUCAUAAUUUUGACUGUUUUAUCAAUCACCCAACUGAUUGGCGCAACCAGUGUUUGGCUGCGGCUGCAUGGACAGCACAAUAUUCUGACCAUGAUGAAAAAUUGCGCCAACAAAUCAGCAUCAUCGUUAUCGCCCACCGUCAGAACACCGGGCGCCGGUACGGCUAUGAAUAGCCUGCAAUCGGACGGUGAAGAGGAAAUCAGUUCGGAUCCGGCAACGUUGUCGGCGGCGUCGUUGUCCAGUCAUCUUAAUAACUCACAUCAUCUUUUCCAUCAUCAUGAAUGGACGUAUGAGAUUGAUCUACAAUUGGCCGCCGAGCUGGGCAAAACACUAUUGCAGCGCAACAAAGAGCUGGAAACCGAUCUCACCACAUAUCAGGAUUUAGCGGAUGAUCAGGCUCUAGAGAUCGAUUUUUUAACAAAGCAAGUGCAUCUUCUCCGCGAUGAGAGCAGCACACGGUUGGCCGCCUGUGAGAUGCUGGAAAGUCAGCUGCAGGAGCUCAAACGCAGCGAAGGCAAUCUGCAGGAACUGCGGAAUUUGGAUUACAUGCGCAUCACCAGACUGCAAGAUACCGUUGAAGUCCUCCAGUCCCGUUGCGAAGAACUGCAGACCCAGAUAACCGAAAUGAAGCGGAAGAACUGGGAAGACAAAUUCGCCAGCAACACAUCCUCCCAUACGGCUACAACCGGCAGCGGCGGGAUGACCCGCAGUAUAUCCCAUGGUGAGGCCCUGAAAACCGCUUCCAAAUCCCACCCCAACGACAGCGACGACGACGACAGUGAACUUGGCCCGGAGAUGCACAUUCUUAAGGAGAAAAUCAAAGUCCUCCAGCGCCAGGUUACCGACGAGCGCAAACAGCGGGAGCUCCUUCAGGAUCAGGUCGUACACGUUGUCGCCGACAACACCUCCCUGUGGCAACAGCUAGACCAUGUAACAAAAGAAGCGGCCAGUUGGCGGGAAAAGUUGGAACACCUGACUAACAAAUACGCCGACGAGAUUGCCGCCUUUAACGAACAGCGCGGUAAUGACCGGCAGGGCGUGGCCGCUGGGAACCAUGACGAUACCGACAUCAGCGAGGACUUUUCCAGUUUGUCAUCCUGCAGUGCGCCGGCCCCGCAGGUGUCUAUUUUGGAUGAGAUUGCGGAUUCACUGCGGGACCGUUUUCUGGAUGAUUUCCGCCGGGAACAGGAGGAGCUGGAUCACGAGAAGGAAUCUCAGGACGAUAAAGACCACCAUUUAAAAAGCAAGACUACGCAGACGGACACCGGUUUGAUUAUCGACUAUCUGUCUGAUCCCACACAGGGAAGAUUUCAACGCGGACCGCCCGAGUAUAAGAAACUCUUUAAGGAGAUCUUCGAUAUUAUUAAAAAAUCGCAGGAGGAGGAUCUGGCGCGAGCGGCCCAAGCCAAGCGCAGUCAGAAACCGAAGAAACACGUUGUGUAUUACUACAACCAGUUUUAAAUACCACCGUAGCCGUUUAUUUAAAUUUGGGUUUUUAUGGUUUAUCUUUGAAGUUUGAGUGCAGAGACAUCUUUUAACCAACUGGUGGUGUGAUUUAUUGACACAGUGGCUUCCGUUUUUCUAUGAAAAGAAUUGAAAAGAUUUAUCACUAUGAUAUGUUUUUAUAAACAGUUCAGAUGCAACCAGUUACCUGGUAACAUUAUAUUAUUUCGUACUAUAAAUAAAAUGU